GGGGUGCAGAAGCGAUACGGGGGCUUCAUCGGGGUGCGCAAGUCGGCGAGGAAGUGGAACAACCAGAAGAGGUUUAGCGAGUUCCUGAAGCAGUACCUGGGCAUGUCGCCCCGCUCCAGUGAGUACGGCAUUGCCGGCAGCAUCAGCGAGCACAACGAGAUCUAA